AUGUCUCGCCGCUUGCGAAGCGCGUGGUCCGGCAGCCCUCAGCUCGACAAUCAAGGACCAAUCAAUCGCACUCACUGGCUGAUUCAAAAAACGCGGGACAGCCCCGGCGACAAUCACACGUCGGCGAUCGCCAUGUUCGCCGGGGAGGAGGAGGCCCUCAUGGCCGACCCGAACGGGCUCAGCGAUUAUGAGCUCGAACGCAUCGAGCGCAUCCGCCGUAACCGCGAGAUCAUGAAGCGCCUCGGCUUGGGCGACCACGACAUCGUCUCCGCGGCGAGGCAACGAUGCGGCGUGGAGGAGGGCAAGGAGAACGCAUCUGGACCGACCGAGAACAAGAAGCGCAAGGCUCCAGCCGCGAAGAAGAAGCACGAGAUUCCCGCGGAGGAGCGCGCCACGCGUCGCUCGCGUCGCAUCGCCACCAAGGACGCCGAACACGCGGGCCUCGGCGACGACCACGAGGAGACCGAGACGUACAUCGUGGGAAGGGGCGAAUACGCGGUGGAGGUUGACGGCGCGCACGAGGCGGAGGCGGAGGCGUACCGGCUGAGAAACGCGGGGAUCCAGGAGCGGGUCAGCGUGGUGGGCACCGCGAGCUAUCAGCACACGCUGAUGAGGGUGAGGACCAUGUCGGAGCCCGCGCUGGGAAACAGGGUCAAGGCCAUCGAGCGAGCAAAGGGGAAACACGCCGUCGUCAAGAUGAAACUUUUCGCCAGGGUUCUGUUCCUGGAGGGAUACGAGGAGCUGAGCACGCUGGCGACGGAGAGUCUGGAGAGGCUCGUCGCCGAGCUGGGGGACCCGGACGUCGAUGGCGAGGACGGGGACGCGGAGUGA